GCACCGGCAAGAGAUCUUGCGCGACAUACUCGGUUGUUUAUCUAUAUUAUGUAUAUUUAUGGUUUUAUUGGCGUCACUGCCGUUACUGGCGAUCCUGUAAAAUCCUGUUUUGUGCAGCGCGGUUAGACCGAUUUGAACUGUGUCGUCAAAACUGUAUAAGAUCUUUCUCAAACGUGAUUGUGCCAAUUGAGUAUUACAACCUCUGUAAAUAUUUAGAACUUUCGCUGCCAAUUUAGGGCCGAUGCAGAAAGAAUGUAAUUAACUGUUUCCGACAGAGUACGUAUAAACAUAAAUCGUUGUCAUAGAUCAAUUGUAAAUAGUCAUAAGUACAAUGAUUUUACGUAAAGUCGUAACAGAAACGCUUGAUACGAUCAACGCCUACGUAAAAUUAUUGUGCAUUGAUCUAUGUUUACGAACUCUGUUGAAAACAGUUGAGAAGUCGUCUUUCUGUGUGAUCAGUCCUUAUAGCGCUUCUUUCUGAGACCAACUUUAUCGGCCAUUUUUAAGAAGAAGAAGUCGGAACUGUGUGCAUCAGAUACGUCCGUUUGGUUAUUUUACUCUGUGUCCUUUAUUUUUCCAUGGUUUUUGUCAUUAUAUUCGCGAAUUUACUUCAACUUUAUAUAUUAUUACAUAUAUGUAUAUGUCAAUCCAUUGAAAUUAGCGCGAAUUUGACGAAAUGUUUGCGUACGUGCGCUUUAUAGACGAUGAUGUGUGUAGUAUUGUGUCGACGGAAAAAAUAAAAAAAUUUGAUGUAAAUGAUAGUCGAAAAUUUGAACUAAAAUAUUACGUGCAAUACGAAGAUGGUGAAUAUUAUAAAGCUAAUGUAAUAUAUCUUAAAGAAAGUAUUGAAGAACUAAAGGCAAUCAUAAAAGCAAAGAGAACAAAAUUAAUUAAUAAGAACUUGCUUGUUUCACAAUCGUCAGAUGACGAUGACAGUAUAGUCGAGUAUGUAUCAAAAGUAGAUGAGCCAAAAAAGAAAAAAGAAAAUAAUUCUAAAAAAAGGACAAUGGAGGAUGUGAGCAAACAAAAAUUGGAAGACGAUAUUUUCAGCUCCUACAAUAAUAGCAUUUCUCAAGAUGCAGGAAAUCUAUCAACUGUGCAAAAAAAAAAUAUGGCCAAAGUAAUGAUUUCAUC